AUGCAGGAAGAACACGCCGAGGAGUUGGAGAUGCUGGUGUCCAUGUUCACCGACGAGAUCAGCCGGCACCCCACGGACGCGGCGACCCUCGUCGUGACGCUGGCGUUCCGCUUUGUGCUGCACAUCACCAUCCCGCCGCACGGCUACCCGGAGACGUCGCACCCGUCGCUGUUUGUUGUGGCGGGGCCGAACGCGCCACUCAUCAGUGAAUUCGCCACACAGUUGACGCGGGCCGUCCGCGACGAGGUGCCGCUGGGCGGCCCAAUGCUGCUGCAGGUGGUCAUCCUCGCGCAGGACCUCGCUGCACAGCUGCAGAAGGCGCGCGACGCCGCGGCGACGGAGACGGAGACGCACGCACGGGAGGAGGCGCAGACGCAGCUCGCAGAAGCGGCAGCGCGGGAGGCGCGGGCAGUGCAGGUGUGGGCCAGCGACGCCAUCGCCGACCGCAAGUCCAAGUUCGUCGCGCANAUGGCCCGUGUGGACUCGGAGGAGAUGGUGCGUGCGGUAGUGCUGCAUCUUCGGCAGCAGAGACACAUCGCGGAGGCGGCGCACCCGACCAUCUACGCCUACCGCUUCACCGACAGCAGUGGCGUGCUGCACCACGACUACGACGACGACGGCGAGACGGGUGCCGCCGGGCGCAUCAUGUUCCUGCUGGAGCAGAUGAACGUGGACGGCUACGUGGUCGUCGUGACGCGCUGGUUCGGUGGCAUCCUCCUCGGCCCGGACCGCUUCAAACACAUUAUGGAGGUGGCGCGGAACAUACUGCUGACGAUUCCGCAGCGGCAGCAGGAGGAGGCGGUGCGGGCACGGGCGCGGCAGUCGAGUACGCGGUAA